GAUAGGGGAGGAUGAAGAAUCAUGGCGGCAAGGGGAAGAGGAAGAGGCUGGACGACGACGACGGCGCAAGAAGCAGCGAUGAGCUCGAGGAGCAGUCGGCCGGAACCGGAAACCAGCAGCAGCAGCGGCACGGAGGGGGAGGGCGAGGGCGAGGGCCGGUCCAUCUUGUUCGUGGUAAAUAUCUUGAUCGGCAGCAGUCGCGCGGUGGCCUCCCUCUACAAGGUGGACUAUCCCUACCCGUGCUCCCCGAGAGCGAGAGCGAGAGCGAGGCGGCUGCGCCCGAUCGCCACCAUGGAUGCCACGGCCGGCAUCACCUACGUGCCCCUGCACACACGCAGUCGCAGUCGCAGCCGCAGCAGCAGGUGGAUCGUCGCCAUCAGCGCCCGCCGCACCACCGUCUUCGACGCCGACGCCAAGGUGUUCAUCUCUGGGCCGGACCUGCUCAGCGAAAAAGAAUCCCCCGCGCUCGUAUACGUGGACGUGGAGGACAAGAUCUACGCCCUCUCAACCUUUCCCCAGAUCAAGGGAGAACGAGAUCUGGAGCCCUGGUUCGAGGUCCUUGACCUGUCCAGUGCCAGAGUCGUCGACGGGCGCCUCCAGGGCUGCUCCUGGGAGGAGCUGCCCAGCCCGCCUUGCUUCCCGUCUCCGUCUCGGCUGGCCCCGCAUGAGCUGAGAUAUCCGCCUAUGGUCACCGUGCACUCGUACGUGCUCGUCGGCUCCUACUUACUCAUGUCGCUCAAGUCGGCGACCCGCCAUGCCACCCAUGCGUUCCACACCGUCUCGUCCAAGUGGCAAACGGUUGAUGAUGGCAAGAGUCUGCCUUUCGUCGGCCUCGCCACCGUGCAUGACGCCGCAGCCGGCGUAUACCUCGGCGAGUCAUCUGCGGACAACCGAUGGUGGUCUCGCGUUGGCCAGCCCUCCUAACCGCUUACCACAUCAAGCUCCUUCCCAGCAACAAUGACAAGGCCGAGGAGGAUAAUCCUGCCAUGAAGUUAUCCGUCACCGGGAUUCCAGUAAUAUCAUCCUCUGAGACGACGACGACGGCCGGUAAUGGUGAUGGUGAUGGUGUUGUCGUUAAGGGGAUCUUCUGCUCUUCUCUGCAUAAUAACGGUGGGAGCUUGUGUUCGUUGAACUGGAGAUGUCGCAAGCGCAUUCGGUACUCUCGGGAUUAUGACCUCCUUGCUGAUGAGAUUUAUCUGCCAAACAAGGCUUACAUAACCUUGAAAACCUAUCAAAUGGAGGAGGACACCUGCUCUCUAUCUCUUGUAGAGCAGGAGGACAAGACAAUACACACCAAGAAGAUUGCAAUCCCUGAGCAACGUGGAGAGCACGAGUUCAAGAUUCGCACUAA